AUGAUCUCGCGGCGGAGGCUCGCCGGCGUCGAUCUGGUGUCUAGCGAGUGCUUCGACUGCGUAGAGCUGUUCGGCCACGGCUUCUUCCAGCGCUGGAUAUUCUUCCUCACGGUAGUCUCCAUGUGCGCGUUGCACUGCCACACGCUCGUCUUUCGCCUCAUCUCCAGCGACGUCGACCAUUGGUGCAAGCGCCCAGACAUCCCGGGGCUUUCAGCGGCCACCUGGAGGAACGUUGCCAUCCCACUGGGACCCGAUGGGCACCGCAGCCACUGCACCGUCUACGUGCACCCAGGCGACGCCAACGACACGAGGAUCACAUUGUGCUACAGCUGGGACUACGAUCCCGAGAGGGAGCGGUGCUCCAUCGUGAGCCACUGGGACAUGGUGUGUGACAGGCGGGUGCUCAAGAACCUGGCGCAAGCUGUCUAUGUCGCCGGCUCGCUGGUCUUCAUGAGCUGCGCUGGCUACGUGGCCGACAACAUUGGCCGAAUGCCCGUUAUUUUUUCGGCAGUGGCGAUCUUGGCCAUGGCCACGCUUGGUGGCUGCUCCGCCAGAACGUACGCCACAUUCCUCGUCUCGCGGUUCCUCAACUCGGGCUGCGCCGCCACAGUUGCGGUGCUUUCGUGCACGCUGCUCUUCGAAGUGUCCACGCACAAGAACCGGAGCAUGCAUGUGUCCGCCGCCGUCACGGCGGGCAUGAUACUCGCCGAGCUAUGGUUCGCGCUGGCGCGCCUGCUGCGACUGGCUGACUGGAUCCUGCAGCAAAUCUUCAUGCUCUCGCCUACGGUGCUGACACUGUUCGCUUUCUCGGCGGUGCACGAGUCGCCGCGCUGGCACGUGGCCCGCAAGGAUAUGCUCCGCGCAGAGAUGGUCGUGGUGAGCGCUGCCAAGGAGAACCACUUUUCCCUGGACGCCACGUUCUCUGUGCUGAACAGGCUCAAGGCCGAGGUCGCCCGCAACGAAGCGCGCCUCCAGCUCGACCGAGACGCGAACGUUGCCAAAACGAGGAGGCUACAGCGUUGCGUGUUCGUCAUGUUCGGCUCGUACUUCUCGGCCGCGUUCACUAUGUUCACAAUUCUCCAGCUCGAGUCGUCGGUGUCAUCCACUGCUGGUGCCUGGUACGACAGUGUCUCCAACGCCUCCAAUACGGUGGCUUUUGCGCUCCUAUACACAGCAUUGGCGGCAUUCCGCGGGGUGCCGGCGCGACGCCUGCUGGUCGGUGCCUUGGCCGUGCUGGGUGUCUCUGUGUGUGUGACCAGCUUGAGCUACGCGACUGGCGCACGAGCGGUGUGCGCCGCUCUGCUCUCCGCACUGCGAAGGUCGGGGCGCGAAGACUUGCUCUUUGCCCUGGCUGGACUCGUGGUUUUCGCGGCACUGUUGGCCCAGCUGUUCUUGCCCCUGCCGGCCGAUCAUCUGACUCAGCCGCAAGCCUUCGUCACGAUUCCAAAAGGAAUGGACUACAUGAAGCAGACACUCGAUCCGCCGGUUCCUCAGCGUAAGCCUCAGCGUAAGGCUUCGGUUUUCCAGCGUAAGCCUUCGGAAAUCCCGGCGCGGUCAAAAGCCGGAAGCUUUGAUUCCAACCCCAGUGAAAUUCCAUAA